AUAAAAGUACGGCCCUGAACUGUUAGGCAUUGGUCAUCAAGACCCGACUUCCACUGUCUAUCAGUUGCAGUUCAGUUGGAUCUGUCGAUCGCACGAGUGUAAAAGGAACAAGUAUCAAAAGUGUUGUUAUCAAUUCGCCGGAUAAAUUACUAAGUGUUUUCUCUUCCAAAAAGCAUCAAAAAAUAAGAAAUGGCAGUUAGUCGACUAUCUAUAAUUAAAUUUCUGGAGUUGGCUUUGGCAGUAUGUUGCUUUGGUCUCCACUACAAGAGUCAUUCACAUGAUCUGGACACUGACUUGCUCUCAGCAGCAGCAUUUGGAGGAUACGUAAUCAUUUUAGUUGGUGAAUUUGCAGGUCAUAUGAUGAGCACACCUUUCAACAGAAGAAUUGACAUUUUCUUUUCUCUGGUGGGUUGUGCGCUGUUUGUUGCUGCUGGUGCAAUGAACAUAAAAGUCUAUGAUGGUGCAUCAAAUUCAGAAUGGAGGAAUCUGGGCCUUGCAAAAGCAUCUUUGGCUAUAAUCAACGGAGCUCUGUUUCUUCUCGAUUCUCUGCU